UGCUCUAGCCCCGUGGAGAAUCAUCAGCUGAUUUAGAAGGUUGCACUUUUGAACAUAUUUCUUCAAAAGAUCAAUCUUUUUUCAAAAUUAUGGACCUUUAAAGACCCACUUUUAAACAUAUCUGAAACCAGAAAGCUACUGGUAAGAUCACAUACAAAAAGCAGAGCUGAAAAAGAACCCUUUUUAGGAAGAGCAAAUUGGCACAGCAGAACAUUAACAUUUCUGCAAACAACACGUUACUGACAGGCUGUGGAUUCGAGAGUAAUAAGACAUGGAAAGGUACUUCCUACCUGUGCGUGGUCCCUCUGAGGGUGAGGUCAAAAUUCAAAAACAUUACCAUCCCAUAGCUCAUCAGCAUCCUCACAAAGAUCAUUACCACCACAACCAAUAUCACCACCAAGGAUCAAACAGUCACAGCUCUUCAAGUAGUCAUGGGAAUAGUCAUGAUCACCAUCACCAUGGCAACAAGCAUCAUCAUCACAGGCAACCCAAAGUGGCUGUAGACCCCCAUGGCUUCACUAAAAGGUCUUCCUCCAGCCUGUCUUCCUCUUCUUCCCCUUCUUCAUCUGCCUCCUGGACUUCAGAACCCAGCUUGGAUGAUGAGACGUAUCUUACGUACAACAAACCCCAGCAUUCCCUGUCCUGCUCCAACAUCCCAGAGGUCCAGCAGAACAUUCGUGACAGAGAAUCUGAGGACUUUGAUUUUGAUCAUAGACGUCCAUUACAUUUUCAAAAUCCGAAGCAGCGCCACAGCCUAGAAUAUUCUGGCCAACUGCUUCCUAUUUCCCAGCAUGGACGUAGCACACCAAAACUCUGCCGGGGCCACAGCAGAAGUGUGGAGCGUCUCCAGCAAAAUAAGUCCAGAGACUAUUACUCUGGAGAACAUUCCCCAAUGGAUCACGGCCCACUGUACAAGACUGCAAGCCUGGGACAAAGUCUGAAUGUUGAAAGCACUCUUAAGGGCAGAGGAGUACCCAAGAAGGCUGCAUCAUCUAUUCAUUUGCCCAGCAAGGGCAUUCUGAAAAACAAGGAUGAGGGCCAGAAAGGAGGCAACUUUAGGAAGGCUAGGUCUUUGGAAGUGCUCUCCACCAGGGUGGAAGUCACGGGAACAUCCAAGCAGAGCUCCAUGGAAGUAGCGAGGGAAAGCUUUGUGAAAGGGAAGCUUCAGUUCUCUGCAUUUUUGGAUGAGAUCACCAAACAGGUUAUCAGUCCCUCUACACUUAACUCUCUUGGUGUCACCACACAGACACCCCAAAAAUCUCCUAAUAUAGAACGCAAGCAGUACGGUGCCAGGCAAAAGCAGGACAGUGUCAUGCCACCACCAAAGCAACAGCCCAUCAGAGCUGAGAGACCUGAUUCAGGAAAGACUGUCUCUGAUUCCAGCUCACACUCACGACUCAAGAAAUCCCAAAUGGGCAAAAACCACGCCCGAAACCUUAGCAGUCCUCCUCCCCCACCACCCCGCCACCCCCCUAAAGCCGAAAGACAUGGGACUGCUUCAGAUAAACAGCACCACUGGCAAUAUUCUCAGCUGCUCACUGAUGGAACCAGCACCAGCCCGGAGCCUUGCCAGAGCCACCUCUCUAAACACAAAGGACGGCAUCAAGGCAGUCAUGGCCCAUCCAGCUAUUUGCAUUCUAAGCAGGAGUACAAGGGCUCCCCUCCUCCUCUCCGAGCCCCAGGGUUGGAUUCGGAGUCUCCAUCAAGCAAAUCAUCCACCAGCUCAGAGAAAAGUGACAAACCCAAACACAUGGGACACCGGAGGCACUCUAAACCUCACAGGGUGAGCUCAUCAAAAGAACAAAAGAUGCUAAAAGAUUCGGUCAGUGCUGUGGACAAAGUUCAGUUGCUGGAACAGUACAACAAAGAGCUGCAUGAGAACCUGUUGCAGACUGUUGCAUGCAUCGAGAACAUGGAGGGUGAAUUGCAGUGUACCAAGGCAGAGUUGGCCAACUUCAAAGAGAAAUACAGAAGGCUUCAGGAGAGCUAUUCUGUUUCUCAGCAGGCAGUCAGUGUCCUGGAGCAGAAACUCAAGUCUACGGUAGACAGCUUGCAUGAGGAAAGAAAGUUCCUCUUGCAAAAAGUUGUGGUUCUAACUAAACAGCUGGAUACUGCCCAGAAGACUGUCGUAUCUUUGGAAAACAUCAAUGUUCCCUCUUUGAUUAGAGAGCUGUUGAAAAAGCAUGUUGACUCUCAAGAAGAAUUGGAACACUUCUUGUAUCCCCAAACAUCCCCAGGCCAAUCUGACAGUGACCAAUCAAGGACUCAAGAGUUCAGAGAAAAUCCAUCAUCCGUUGCAAAAGGGGAAGAACGAGUGUUUGAAUGGUCACAGGCUGGACAGAAAUGCUCAGAUGCCAGCCAGCAGCUUGUUACAGCAUUUUUGCCAUGGAAACAUGAUCAUGAUCCGUGGUCAGGGCCAGAACUGCUCAGGGUUAAAGGAAGUGACUCACAACUUCCUUCCUCUGUAGCUGACGGUGCAUUAAUCUUAAAAACAAUAGCAGAUGCAAAGGCCCCAAUUCAUCAAGUGUAUCAAUUGGCCAUGAAUACAGAUACCAAUAUUGUUGCCAUGCCAACACACAGUUGUUCUGACAUUACCCCAAACCCAUAUAUCCUAGACAUGGGGCUCAAAACACAGACAGGUGGUGAGUCAAGAAGAGAGUGUACUGCCACUCUGGGGAAAGACCCCAGUGAUGCCACCUAUCUUACAACACAGAGGAUGCUAGAUAAUUUGUUGAGCCAGAUUCCUCCACUCCCAACAUACGAUGGAGAGGGAAAACAGACAGGAACUGGGGCCAGGGAACUAGCCGGAGGACAUUAAUGACAUUAGAUUUGAGGUCUUUCCCAGUAAACUGUAAAAGAACUGGUUGAAAGUAACAAGGCUUGGUUAUAAGUACAUAUAUAAUUAUGUAAUAAUUACAAAUGAUUUUGAGCCACACCCUUUAAAGUAAUUUAGUUUAGUAAUUUAGGGCAUGAGGUGAGAUGAAGAAUACAAGGGCUUUCUUGCCCAGGGGUUACAGGCCUGGUGCAGUCACACCAGUUGCACCACCCUAACAACAGACCUGAGGGACCUAGAUUUGACUUGCAUUUGCUUUUAAGCCCCUCCAGAAACUUCUGACGCUCCUGCUCUGGGCCACUUGAUCAAGGGCAACUCUGUCCCCCCAAAACAUAUAAGUGCCCCACCAAAGAUUGCAACCUAGUACUGGCCCUGCUGAGAAGACACAAGUGAGAAUAAAAGGGUCUUUUUCUCAGGGGGAAAAAUAUGAGAAGCAGGAGUCUUCUGCAAAAGUCUACAUUUGAUCUCCAUUUAAUCUCAUUGCUGCCUAAGAGCUGAAAUAUUAUUAUUUUUAUAAAAAAAAAUAAAUAAAAAAAAUCUGAGUAGUUCAGUGCACAUGUGGCAAAAUAUCCUCUAUUAUUGUGUGCCUGAAAGAUAUAUUGUUAUACCUGUUUGCACUUUUUGCCCCACUGUAUAAUAUUAAAUGUUUAACUACAUUAUUCUAAUGGUAUUUAUGAUAACCCGGUUUACUGUUUAUAAUCUUCAUGGUGAAAGUGAUAUAUUUGAUCUCUUACAGAUUUUUUAUGUUUGACAGCCUCAUUUGUGCUUGUAAAAAUUAGAAUGCAUUUGUGAAAUAUGUUAAAGAAGAAUUAUGUAAAUGUAUUAUGAGCAUUCAUUAUUGUAAAUUAAUACUCCUAUUCAGUCCAUUCUGCUAUGCUAUUUGUUGUAAUCAUUAACACUAGUUGAUCUAUAUGUAUAACUGGUAGAAUGCCAUUUCUAGUGUCUAGUAGACUGCAAAUAAUAAGACUUAUUCACUUUAUGGUAGGGAACGGAGAUGCAUCAUGUAGUUUUA